AUGAAGGCAUCCUUCCUGUCGUGGCUCGCGGCACAACUUGCCUUGGCCAGGGCAGGGACUGUUCUCUGGGAUGGGCGGUUCAAUGACCUCACUUCAUCGACCGACCUCAACAACUGGUCAUGGUCUAAUCAGGUUGGACCGUACCAGUACUACAUCCACGGCAGUGGAGCCGUGACCGACUAUGUCAACCUAUCCCCCAGCUACAAGAACCCAGCCGACACGUCGUCCAAGCAAGGCGUCAAGAUUACAUUGACCUCAACCGCCUACUGGAACGGCCAGAACAUGAGACGGACGGAAUUGAUCCCCCAGACAAGCGCAGCCAUCAAUUCCGGCAAGGUAUACUACCAUUUCAGCAUCAAGCGCUCCGACACCAAUGCGCCGAGCAUCUACCGCGAGCACCAGAUCGCCUUCUUCGAGAGCCACUUCACCGAGUUGAAGGGCGGCUGGAUUAGCGGCGAGGCGGCCACGAGCGACACGAAGCUGCAGUGGAUGGUAGGCGGUGUGAGCAAAUGGAGCGUCGAGUGGGCAGCCGAUGUGUGGCACAACUGCGUCUACGAGAUCGACUUCUCGGCCAACACGGUGGGCUUCUGGCACUCGACCGGCGCCGACGCCGUGGUGCAGGUCGUGGCACCGAUCAGUGCAAGCACCAGCAGCAACGGCGCCGAUUGGCACUUGGGCGUGCUGGAGCUGCCGCGUGACGGGAUCCACUGGUGGUACGACCACAGGAAGUACCCCAUCAUCCACCAGUUCCAAGCCGACAACUCUGUCAACUUCGACCGUUGUCGUGACAUCGUCUACUUCUGUUAA